GAGCUGUUAAAUGAUUAGAGGAUAAGAACUUAUCAGAUGUUGCUACUUUUGUUGUGUUCUUGCAGCAAAUAGAGGGUUCCAUUCAACUGGAGUGAAGAGGAUGGGAGGAGGCCAUGGUCACGGCCAUGAUGAGCCAUACUACCUUCAUGCCAAACACAUGUACAACCUGGACAGGAUGAAAUAUCAGGGGCUUAAGAUGUCUCUUGGUGUCUUCACAGCCUUCAGCAUUGGUGUUGUUGUUCCUGUCUACGCUGUCAUUUUCCAGCAGAAAAAGACUGCAUCUGCCUAAGUCAUGAUGAUUAGCCUCUUGUUGCAAAAUAAUAGAAACAAUUCUUGAAUGCUUUCGGAGUAAACCGUUGGAAUGGUUUAAGCCAAUAACACUCAACAGUUUGGUUUUUUGCAUUUCUGGCUGUUUUAUCUUCACCAUUUUUAAUGGAAGUCAGGAUUUUCUAUUGCAUUUGGUAAUAAUAUUUGAUGAACCAAUCUUGAUACUAUUGUUUGCUCUGUCAUUUGCUUGAAAUUUUAAAAGUUGGUGGCUUUCCACAUUUUAUCCUU